CAAUGUCAUGCAGAAAUGUCACGAGCAAACGACAGUGAAUUUUCUCCUAAAAUACCAUCGCAAGCUGGUAUAUUUCAAAGCAAUGGCUAUAUAUAACAUUCAAAUCGAAGAAGGACAAUUGAGGAAUAUUACAAAUGGAGUUUUCGAUACGAGGCCAAUUUUUUCACAAUCUACAAUCAUCACUUCACCACCUUUCAAUCAAAGAGGUCCUAAUCGAAGACCAAUUCCCGUAAUUACUUCUGAUUGGUUUUCCACGCCACGAUCACAACUUAGUGUUCUUUCGGGAACAUAUUUUUUAUCUGGAGUAGAACAAUUAGAAGUUCAGAGAAUUUUCGACUUGAGUACAUUGCUGGGUACAUACAAUAAGGGAAACCAGUAUAGGGUCAAGGUACCAAGGGCAGAGACUAUAUUUCUGGCCAUUGAAUCUUCAACUGAAAGUCAACGACGAUUUUUAAAGUCUUCCAGGCCGUUUACUCUGAAUAUUUUAGAUCCAUCUGGAGAAACGGCUUUUACGAUAGGAAAAAAUGUUGGAUGGGGAUGUUUACCGGGAUGGUUGCAUAAUAUUAGAGUGGAAUCCAAUGAAUUCAUUGGAACCGUAGAACAAAGUUUUACAUUCUUGGGCCCCAGCUUUACAGUUUAUGACCCAAUAAGAAAUCCUCUUUGUCAUAUAAAAGGUCCCAAUGUAUACGCAUGCUGCAUGUACAAGGAGGCAUUAUUCCAGGUCUUAUCUGUUGAUGAAACUUAUCAAAUGGCAUCUGUUAUCCAUAAAUGGGAUGAUCGACUGGGAGAUUAUAUUUUGUUGCUAACGUUUCCAGAAGAAAUGAAUAUUAAACUAAAAGGUUUACUUUUAGGGGCAACGUUUUUAAUCGAAUAUGUAUACUUCGAGCAUCAGUAACAGAAAUAAAAAAGAAAAACUGUGCCAGAUGUAAAAUAUAUUAUAAAUUUCGUAUAUAAUUAUGGUAUUACAAUACUUCGAAUCUAUGUA